UGUGAUCAGUGUGGAAAGGCUUUUAUUCAGAAGAGUACUCUAACAAGCCAUCAGCUCAUUCACAGUGGAGUUAAACCAUUCAACUGUGAUCAGUGUGGAAAGGCUUUUACUAAGAAGAGUAACUUAAAAAUCCAUCAAGUCAUUCACAGUGGAGUUAAACCAUUCAACUGUGAUCAGUGUGGAAAGGCUUUUACUCACAAGAGUAAUCUAGCAAAACAUCAAGUCAUUCACAGUGGAGUUAAACCAUUCAGCUGUGAUCAGUGUGGAAAGGCUUUUAUUCAGAAGAGUGAUCUAGCAAAACAUCAACUCAUUCACAGUGGAGUUAAACCAUUCAGCUGUGAUCAGUGUGGAAAGGCUUUUACUACCAAGAUAAUGUUAAGAGAUCAUCAACUCAUUCACAGUGGAGUUAAACCAUUCAGCUGUGAUCAGUGUGGAAAGGCUUUUACUACCAAGAGAACGUUAAGAGGUCAUCAACUCAUUCACAGUGGAGUUAAACCAUUCAGCUGUGAUCAGUGUGGAAAGGCUUUUAUUCAGAAGAGUGAUCUAGCAAAACAUCAGCUCAUUCACAGUGGAGUUAAACCAUUCAGCUGUGAUCAGUGUGUGAAAACCUUUACUCAGCAUGAACAGUUGUUGAUCCAUCAUUGCCCCCAUUCUGGUAGAAAGCGGUACCACUGUGACUCCUGUGAAAAAACUUUCAGCUCCCAACAGAGCUUAAAAUAUCACCAACGCAUCCACACUGGACAUGAUGUGUACGUAUGUGAUCACUGUGGUGAACCAUUUGUACGGUACUCACAGUUAAAAGCUCAUGAAGUGACCCACACUGGGGUUAAACCAUACAUUUGUGACCAGUGUGGGAAACGCUACAGCUACAUUGCAUACCUCAAAGUUCACCAACGUGUCCACACUGGGGAGAGACCAUACAGAUGUGACAAGUGUAAGAAGACUUUUACAACUUUGGGUUCCCUGAAACAACACCAGCAGAUCCACACCAGAAAGAAAGCAUUCAAUCAGUGUCACAGUGAGCAGAACGGAACAGAUGGACAAAACCCUCAGACUUGUCAGCAGUCUGCCAAUGGUGAACAGUGCUGCUUUGACCAGUCUGGACCAACGUCCAACCAACAAGGAACCCUACAACGACACCAGUGUAUGCACACUGGACACAGACUGAACCCCUGCCAAGAAGAUUUGUCCAUGCAGGGUUCAGUAAAAGUUCAUGAAGUCCUCCACAAACUUAAAGUCCUUGAGAUCCGGCUUCACAGAAUUCAGGUCUAAUUUCUUGUUUAGUGUCUUUGUUGCAAAAUCCAUUAAGAGGAAAGCUGUCGUUAACAGACGUGACUGGUAAAUUAAUGAAACCAUUCAAAGUGGUUACUCAGUUAAAUGAAUUAUCAGUGGUGGAGGGAUAGACGACUGGAUGGAGGCAGUGAGAAGCAGGGUGAAUUUCCUGGAUUACUAGCUUAAUCGUUCCUCAGAUCCCUCUGGGCUGCAGGAACCUGUUGGAUGCAUAGCUGGUUCAGUGAUUCUCUGAUGAUUAAUCCUAAUUAAUUUAGGAGAUUACUGGCCUUAGGAUUCAUAUCUAUCUAUCGAUCUAUCUCUCGAUCUCUCUCUAUCUCUCUCUCAGGACAUUGAUGAAGAAUCUCUAAUAUUGAACAAGUAGAUCAGAUAAUCUCUGAUUAUGUGUGAGUUGAAAUAUAAAAACGUGAAGUGUUCUAUGAAAAGUCCAAUGUUUGAAAGCUGACAUGUAGUUUAGAAUCAUUUCGUUGUAAAUUAGCUGCAUCCAGUCAUUACCAUGACAUAGGCAUCAUGGAACCAUGACCACAUAUAUGUGUCUGGAGAUAGUGGCAUUUUUAUAACGGCACAUUUUCAUGCUUUGGCAGAUACAGU